AGCAAAAAACCCAUACAAAGUCGAAUCCGAAUCCGAAAUCUCUCUCUCUCCGGCGAUCUCAUCCAUGGCGGAAGGCGGCGAAGAUCCUCUGCGGUUGAAGAAAAUUGCGGCGGCAGCAUUCGACUACGAAAGCGACGGUCGAUGGGCUGAUUACUGGUCCAAUAUCCUCAUCCCUCCUCACAUGGCUUCUCGUCCCGAAGUCGUCGACCAUUUCAAGCGCAAAUUCUACCAACGCUACAUCAUACAUACUCUCUUCCCUCUUCAAGAUCCUGAUCUUGUUGUGGAGCCUAUGUCGACUUCAUCUUCGUCUUCACAAUCUGCUAGACCAUCUGCUACAUCUGCAUCUUCAACGCCGUCUUCUAAUGCAAAUGAACAAGUUCGUUCACGUAACUCAGGAUCGGUUCCUCGAGCCUCUGGGCCAUCUGCUACGGCAGGUGCAAACCCAAGUUCACUGCGCUGUGAUCAGCAGACGAUUCAGUUUUCAGUCAAUGCUUGGGAAAUCUCUCAAACCUACUCCCAACGGGAACACUCCUCGCGUUUCAACUCCUAACGCCGGUUUUCACUACAAUUAGUAGCCUCUUGCUUUUGUGAACCCUAAAAAAUCACGAAAGCAAAUUGUUACCACUCUCCCCAAAUUCAGAACCAAAUUGUUACCACUUUUACGAUCGGAGAGUAUUUAUGGUUAAUCUCCACCUUCACAGCUAAUCACUUAGCCUAAUCAUGGAAAAGAUCAACGAUGAGCCACAGAUUGAUGACGAUCCAGUGGAGAAGCGAGACAACGAUGAUGAAGAAGACGAUGAUGAAGAUGAUCAGUUUGAUUACGGAGAUGGGUUUCUAGUGGAUAGUUCGGAUGAUGGAGAAGACGAAGAAGAAGAACAAAGACCAUGUACUGAGAAAAAGAGUGGAAAUAGAAGGAAGAAAGACCAAGACUUUAGCCUUCACGAAGAUGAUUACCUUCUUCUAGAAGACAACAACGCCAAUUUUGAAAGAAAAAAGUAUAAACGUUGGAAGAAAUCUACCGAGGAAGAGAUUAACAUCAACGAUGAUGAUGAUGAUGAUGAUGAUGAUUUGAGUCACUUCAUUGUAGAUGAAGAUAGUCAUGGAGUGAGGAAGAUAAAUAAAUUUAAGCAAGGAACUGAUUCGAACGCUUUACGGUAUGCUAAUGAUCUGUUUGGUGAUCCUGAAGAACUGUUGAAACUUAGGAGAAAGGAUUUGGCAUAUAACGAAAAGAUUGAAAGAAAGAUAGAAGAUGAGUUUGGACCAAUGGUUCUCUCUGAGAAGUAUAUGACAGAGAGAGAUGAUGAAAUUAGGAAGCUUGAUGUUCCUGAGAGAAUGCAGAUAUCUGAAGAAACCUUUGGAGUCGCUCCAGUGGAUGAAAGUAGCAUUGAAGAAGAGAGUCAUUGGAUUUAUGCUCGAUUGGUUCAAGAACAAGGUCUGUGUUGUUUGGUGAACAAAGAUGAUAUUGUUAGAUUUUUGGAGCUGUAUCAUGUGCAGAAGCUAGAGAUACCGUUUAUAGCUAUGUACCGGAAGGAGCAGUGUCUGAGUUUAUUAGACAGUUCUGAUCAUGAUGAUGGUGAUAAGAAGCUUGAGACCAAGUGGCAUAAAGUCUUGUGGAUGAUUCAAGAUUUGGACAGAAAGUGGCUUCUUCUGCGGAAACGAAAAACUGCUUUGUUCGGUUACUAUACAAAACGUUUUGAAGAAGAAACCUGCAGGUCUGAUCUGAAUAAGAGUCUUUUUGAAUCGGUUAUCAAGUCCCUUGAAGCAUCUGAAACAGAGAGAGAAGUGGAUGAUGUAGACUCAAAGUUCAACUUGCAUUUUCCUCUUCGUGAGAUCGAUGAAGAAGGACAGUACAAGAGGCCUAAUAGGAAAUCACAAUAUAACAUCUGCAGCAAAUUUGGGAUCCGGGAAUUUGCAAACAAGUUUGGUUAUAGCGCUGAGCAGUUGGGACUCGCGUUGUCUCUUGAGAAAGUUCUUGUUGAAGAUCUUGAAGAUGCAAAGGAAACACCUGAGGAGAUGGCAUUGAACUAUGUCUGUGCAAUGUUUGAAGAUCCUCAAGCUGUUCUUAAAGGCGCAAGACAUGUGGCUGCGGUCGAGAUAAGCUGUGAGGUAUUGAUCAAAAAGUAUCUUCGAGGGAUUUAUAUGGAGAAUGCAGUAGUCUCAACAAGUCCAACACCAGAUGGGAAUGUGGUUAUAGAUUCUUUCCAUCGGUUCUCUGCGGUUAAGUGGUUACGGGAAAAGCCUUUGAGGAAGUUUGAAGGUGUACAAUGGCUUCUCAUUCAGAAAGCGGAAGAGGAGAAGCUUCUUCAAGUAACUUUCAAGCUCCCGGAGAAUCAUAUGAAUAGGAUCAUUAGUGAAUGCAAUGAACACUAUCUAAGUGUUGGUGUUAGUAAGUAUGCUCAAAUCUGGAAUGAGCAGAGGAAACUGAUAUUGGAAGACGCGGUUCACGGUUUUCUUUUGCCGUCGAUGGAGAAAGAAGCAAGAUCCUUGCUAACUAGCAGAGCUAAGACUCGGUUGCUUUCGGAGUAUGGACAGGUUUUAUGGAACAAAGUGUCUUCAGGGCCAUACCAAAGGAAUGAUAAGGAAGCUGUGCCAAGGGUCUUGGCGUGUUGUUGGGGACCUGGAACUCCAGAGACUACAUUUGUGAUGCUGGAUUCAUCGGGAGAGCUUCUUGAUGUGCUUUACGCGGGAUCCUUGGCAUUGCGACUUCCAGAUGUAAAUGACCAACAACGUAAAAAGAAGGAGCAAGAUCGUCUUUCAAAGUUUAUAACAGAACAUCAACCGGAUGUUGUGGCUUUAGGAGCUGUAAAUAUGAGUUGUUUACGUCUGAAGGAUAAGAUUUAUGAGGUAAUAUUCGAAAUCGUGGAAGAACUAGGCUUUGAUGUAAUUAAUGGGUUUCGUGAUAUUUUAGUGGUUUAUGCGGAUGAGUCUCUUCCUAGGCUAUACGAAAACUCUAGAAUCUCAAGUGAACAACUACCUCAACAGCCAGGGAUUGUGAAACGUGCAGUUGCUCUUGGACGUUAUCUCCAGAAUCCAUUAGCAAUGAUCUCAACUUUAUGCGGUCCAUGUAAAGAUAUUUUGUCUUGGAAGCUUCAUUCUUUGCAGGACUUUCUUGAUCCAGAUGAGAAGUAUGAGAUGGUUGAACAAGUUAUGGUUGACAUAACGAAUCAAGUUGGAAUCGACAUUAAUCUGGCUGCGAGCCAUGAAUGGCUUUUUUCUCCUUUACAGUUUGUUUCAGGGUUUGGCCCUAGGAAAGCUUCAUCUUUGCAGAAGUCUCUUGUUAGAGCUGGUUCAAUAUUUGUCCGCAAGGAACUGAUAAAUCAUGGGAUUGGUAAAAAAGUAUUUGUAAAUGCAGCUGGUUUCUUGAGGAUUCGUAGGAGCGGAUCAGCUUGUAAUAGCAGCCAGUUUAUUGAUCUGUUGGAUGAUACUAGAAUACAUCCUGAAUCAUACGGUCCUGCGCAGGAAUUGGCGAAAGAUGUUUAUGCUCAUGAUGGUAUCGUAAGAGGUGGUGAGGAUGAUGCGAUAGAGAUGGCGAUUGAGCAUGUGAGAGAUCAGCCAGCUUCUUUGAGAAGAAUUGUUCUUGAUGAGUAUUUGAGAAGCAAGAACCAAGAUAAUAAGAAGGAAACUUAUAGACUUAUCAUGAGAGAACUAAUCUGUGGUUUUCAGGAUUGGCGGAGUCCGUUUAAAGCUAUUGAUGCAGAUGAAGAGUUUUAUAUGUUCUCAGGUGAAACAAAAGAAACUAUUGGUGAAGGGAGAAUUGUGCAGGCCACUGUUCAGAAAGUGACAAGUGGUAAAGCCAUAUGUGCAUUAGAUUGUCGAUUACCUGGGAUUCUAUCCAAGGAAGAUUACUCAGAUAAUGGUAGAGAUAUUGUUGACUUGUCGAACAAACUGUGUGAAGGCGAUAUGGUUACUUGCAAGAUCAUAUCAAUUCAAAAGAAUAGGUAUCGUGUGCUCCUUGUCUGCAAAGAAAGCGAAAUGAGAAAGAACAUAAAUUUCGAGGAUGUUGAUGAGUAUUACCACGAGGAGGAACAGAACAAUGCCAUGGUAGAGAAAGAGAAGGCUCCUAAAGAAAAGAAACAGUUUAAGUCUCGGAUGAUUGUUCAUCCUCGGUUUCAGAACAUUACUGCUGAGCAAGCAGCAGAGUAUUUGUCUGAUAAGAAUAUUGGAGAAAGCAUUGUUCGUCCAAGCUCACGAGGACUGAAUCAUCUGACUUUGAUGAUCAAGAUUUUUGAUAAUGUGUAUGCUAACAAGGAGAUAAUCGAAGGUGACAAGGAGAGCAAGGACAUAGUGAGCUUACAACGUAUUGGUAAAACAUUGAAAAUUGGGAAUGAAACCUUCGAGGAUCUAGAUGAGGUAAUGGAUAGGUAUGCUGACCCUUUGGUAACUCAUCUUAUGACAAUGAUCAACUACCGUAAAUUUCGGACUGGGACAAAGUCGGAAAUAGAUGAUCUACUUCGGGUUGAGAAGGGUGAAAACCCCAAAAUGGUAGUUUACGGUUUUGAUGUAUCGCAUGAACAUCCAGGGAGCUUUAUAUUGUCUUACAUACGAUCUGCAAAUCCGCACCAUGAGUACAUUGGUUUAUAUCCAAAGGGAUUCAAGUUCAGGAAAAGAAUGUUUGGGGAUCUUGAUAAGCUUGCUGCUUAUUUCAAGAGACAUAUUGAUGAUCCAGUCCAUUACUAUCAAUGAACUUGAAGAUUGAUUUUAAGGUAUGGCUUUGUUGAUGUCCGGUUCGAAGCACAAAAACUACUACUUACUGCUAUUUUAAACCGUUAUAUCAGUGAUUUUAUGUUGACAAUUCAUAUUACGCCAAUAAGACAUCAGCUUAUUUUAAUCUUUUUUCACCGCCAUGCAUCAAUUUGUUGUUUGUAUAGCUCUUAUUACUAUAAAUGAAUAUACUAGUAUUCAUUAGAAGAUAUAUGCUAUGUUUAUUCCCCCAA